UAAAAACAGUUUAUAAACAUGUAUAUCGAUCAGAUUAUUUUUGUCUACAAUAAAAAUCGCCAAAUUCAUAUUCACUUUAUCGAUUUAACCUGAAAACUAAUAAAAAAAUAACACAUUACAAAAAGUAUCUUUCAAUGAUACGAAAUGUAUUCAAAACAUAUUGAAUUCAAAAAUCAUCUCUAGUAAAAUUUCUAUUAUUAAUUAUUAAUGAAAGUAAAAUUCAACAUAAAAUAUCCUCAUGAAAGAGGGAAAUUUAAAGGGACAAAGAAGAAAGGGUAGAAAGAGUAAUAAAAAAAUGAAACAAUUGGAAAUGCCUAAAAAAAAUUCUAAAUCAUCUAUCUUCGGUGUACGCGAAGAUUUAGCCGAAAAUAAUAAAGAGCAAUAUCUCUUUUUGUUAGAAUUUUGUAUCCACCGAAUAACUGGCAAGAGAUUAGCGAAAUUGAAUCAAAUGUUUUUCGUACCAACUAGUGUUGGUUUAGAAUUUUUACAUUUUACGGAAGAAGAUAACAUCGAGAUAACUCCGGUUGAUUUAUUAUUUGAGCCACAAGCUGGUAUAGCAGACGACAUUGAAUAUUUUUAUUCUGGUAAAUCAGUGAUGUUUGCGAUGGAUCAUGAGACGACAAAAGACAAGUCGUUGGAAUUUACUGUGAGGAUGAUGAUAAGAAAAAGGAUGCCGGAAGGUAUUAAACCAGAUAUUUUAGUGGGCGUUGCAGAAUUUGAACUAACUAAACAAUUUGCUGCAUUAAGAAAGGAGAUGUUGCAAUGCUGGCAUAGGAAAGUACCACCACCCAAGACCUUUGAAGAUUCAAUUCCUUUAAUAAUGAAUGAGAAACAAGUUGGCAAAGUUUUUCUCUAUGUAAGAAUGUCUGCUUUCGGUGAGACGAUAGUUACAGAAUUUCAGGCACCGGAGUCAAUAAGGGAAGGAUCUGCUUAUGUAUUUAAAGGAGAAGAAUUGAAUGAAAAAUCCUUGGCAUACAAAUGUCGAGUGGUUGACUCUGAAAAUGUACAGACACAGAAGUCGAUAAUCAAUUUUCCUUGUCGUGCUUGCGUUUUGGAAGAGUAUAAUUGUUUACCUUGCGGUCAGUCAACUGGUGCCAGAGCGCAAGAUCAAAUUCAAUUGGAUGAUCCUAAAAGUUUAUGUCUUUCGCAAGCUUACAAACCAACCUCUUAUCCACCCAGUAUAUUAGAAGAUAAAUCAAAGAAAGAUUUUUGUAAUGACAUAAGUAAACCGGUUGGUCCAAUUCAAACUAGUCGUGGUCCGGUGCAAGCUUGCGGCAAAGCUGUGAUUCUCAAAGUUUCUGGUCUUUUGAAUGGAGAAGCUAACAAGCAACCAACAGUCACAGUCUCACCGGAAUGUGAUGCGACUGGACCCGACUGUUCGCCUGAUCCUGAACAUGAUGUUUUUAUUUUGAGAAUUGGUAAAAAAGGACUGGUCGGUGCUGACGAAAAAUCAGAUUUACAAUUAGAAAUGAGGACGCCUAAGGGCCCUGAAAGAAGACCUCCGAUCAGAUACGAAACGCGUCAAAUACAAACUGAUAUUGAUGAGAAAAAAAAGAAAGGGAGAAAAGGGAGGAAAAAGAAAACAUAAAGAAAUUCUUUUAGUUGCAUAAUUUGACUCUGUAUAUGAUUAUCAUAUACGAAUGUAGUUAUAAAUUCUAUCAGAAAGGAUGCCAUCUAUCUUAUAAAUAAUAUAUAAACUCUGUUUUUCUUUUUUUUUUUCUUGCUUUUUUCUAAUGACAGUUUUAAAUUAUAGCGUAAAGAUUAGAUAUAUCAUUAUAUUUCAGACAAAAUUUGUGAGCAAAUUAAUAAAAACUUUCCACAUAAAUUGAACUUAAUAAUUUAAUAUGAUAAUAUGGAUGAUAGUCAACAAUUAUUUCUCAUUGAAUUUUUGGUAGACAGAAUUAACAUUCCAGCUAUUCGAGCUAUACAUCAAGAAAUGUUACCAGUGACAACUUGCGUUUCUUUCCAGGUUGUACUCUUGUUAUUACUAUUAUGAAUAAAAUAAUUAUAGAAUCA